GCUAAUAGGGUUAGCUGCUAUGACUAAUAGGGUUAGCUGCAGCUGCAACAGUAACAGCUGCGACAUGUCCGAGUAGAAAACUUCUUUGUUUUUCCCCAGGAGCAGCGUUGCAUGUCCGCGCUAACGAUGGGAAAGUGUGGAAUUAUGUCUUCAAAGACCGUCCUGGUUUUUUUAAACCUCAUAUUUUGGGCCGCUGCAGGCAUCCUUUGCUAUGUUGGAGCCUAUGUCUUCAUCACUUACGACGACUACGACCACUUCUUUGAGGAUGUUUACACUCUGAUUCCUGCAGUGAUCAUCAUUGCAGUUGGCGCCCUGCUUUUCCUUAUUGGCCUUAUCGGAUGCUGCGCCACAGUGAGAGAGAGCCGAUGUGGUCUUACAGCGUUUGUCGUCAUUCUGCUGCUGGUUUUCAUGACAGAAGUGGCAGUGGUUGUUUUAGGAUAUGUUUACAGGGCCAAGGUCGAAGAUGAAGUCAACAGUUCUAUCAUGAAAGUUUAUGACGAAUACAAUGGCACGAACAGCAACGCCCAGAGCCGUGCCAUUGACUACAUUCAGAGACAGCUUCAGUGCUGUGGCAUCCACAAUUCCUCAGACUGGCGAGAAACGCACUGGUAUAAAGAAACAAAAAAUGAUAGCGUCCCCAUCAGUUGCUGCAAAACCGCAGGCUGCACCGGGUCUAUGACCCAUCCUGAAGAUCUCUACCAAGAAGGUUGUGAAGCUCUGGUUGUAAAGAAGUUACAGGAGAUUAUGAUGUAUGUCAUCUGCACUGCUCUGACAUUUGCUGCCAUCCAGAUGUUGGGGAUGCUGUGUGCCUGUGUUGUGCUGUGCCGCAGAAGCAGAGAUCCUGCCUAUGAGCUUCUUAUUACUGGGGGUACCCAAGCAUAGAAAUGUGAAACAGUUUUUUAAGUCAUUGGUGAGAGGAUAAAAUCAGGCCUAUCUUUGUACACUAUAUGCAGUAAAUAUAUAUUUAACUUCCCUUUUUCAAAAGUUUUUUUUUUUUCUGAGUCCGUGAGGGGCUCUGAGAAUUAAGCAAAAUACUUUACUUUGAGGUGAGCGUGAUGUUUGUACUUAUUCCCACCCAAACUAGAUUUUAAAAGGAGUUAAAUAUGGACAAGAUAAUCGCCUUAUGUUGACAAAACGACUAUGGACUGUGCUUUAUUUUAAUAUUAUUUUCUUCAUUAAUUUGUCAAAUACUUGAAUGAAAUGGGGACAUUUCUACUUUAUUACUACUUUUCAGGUAUGACAGCUGCUGUUUUACCUUUCACCACAAUGAGAAGUGAAUGAACACCUCCUAAUUCAACAUGCAUGGUUUUGUUUGCAAACUGGCUUUAGGUGUGUGAGCUUUAUUUUAGGAAUAAAUAUUUAGUGAGGUAUGAAUUGUUUUUGAACUUAAUAGAU